GUUUCUAUUUGAAGAGAGAGAAGAGCAGGAAAACCACCGCCACCGUCACCGUCCGGCCGAUCUCCGAAGCCCGAAAUCAUCUGAUCAGAUCUGAGAAGAGGGAUUUGUCCGGGCCUGUUAGUUCAUUACCAAGUUUCAUGUCUGAUCUCGACGUCCAGAUUCCUUCCGCCUUUGAUCCGUUUGCUGAGGCAAAUGCUGAGGACUCGGGUGCUGGAACAAAAGAAUACGUGCACAUUCGCAUACAGCAACGGAAUGGUAGGAAAAGCCUGACAACAGUGCAGGGACUGAAGAAGGAAUUUAGCUACAACAAGAUUCUCAAGGACCUUAAGAAGGAAUUUUGCUGCAAUGGUACUGUUGUCCAGGACCCAGAACAGGGACAGGUGAUUCAACUUCAAGGCGAUCAGCGAAAGAACGUGUCUGCCUUCCUAGUUCAGGCUGGCAUUGUGAAGAAGGAUAACAUCAAAAUUCACGGUUUCUGAGCUGCAGAAACUCAAGUCUGCAUAGUCUGCCCCUUUCAUGAACAUGUUAUUUGGAUCCUAUAUUGUCCAAGUUUGUUAUCCUAGUUUUCUGUUUAAAUUGUACUUUUAAGGCUACUGUGUGAUGCACUAUGAACCUGAUCUAUGAAUGUAUGACAAUUUCUGUUUAUCUUAAUCAUAUUGUGAGUUUGUGUUCCCUAAA